GCAAGAUGGCUUCCCAUCUCAGUGGUGGCAAAGUGAAUCUGGCAGUUUUGCGUGAAUCCUAUCGUCGUGAAUUGCUUGAAAACAUAGACAGAUGUGUAGGAAGCAAGGCAUUGGUGUGGGAUGAUGCAUUGACCGGACCUUUUGGACUGAUAGCGGAAUACUCCCUCCUCAAGGAGCAUGAAGUGGACAAGAUGUAUCCUCUCCGGGCGGGGCAGCUUCCACAGAAUAGUGUACAAAAUAUCAUCUUCAUUGUUAGACCCAAACUAGAGCUGAUGGAUUCCAUAGCACAGAUUGUGAACAAGGAAGAAGAAUUGGGAGGAUUCCGCAAAGAUUACCACAUCUUAUUUGUCCCAAGAAAGAGUUUGAUUUGUGAGAGAAGACUAAAGGAGCUUGCUGUCCAUAAUUCCUUUGCCAGCAUUGACGAGUAUUGCCUCGAUUUCAUUCCAUUCGACGCUGAUGUGUUGUCCAUGGAAAUGGAGAGUUCCUUUAGGGAGUGCUAUUUAUACAACGAUUACACUAGUCUCUUCUUCGCUGCCAAAGCCAUCAUGACUCUUCAGGCUCUCUAUGGAAUCAUUCCUAAUAUUCAUGGCAAAGGAGAUUGUGCCAAGAAUGUCUGUGAUAUGAUUCUGAGGAUGAGGCGUGAGAUGGCUGGUCAAGAGACGCAGAUCACCCCCCAGAUAGACAGCAUCCUUAUCUUGGACCGAACAGUUGAUCCACUCACACCCUUACUCUCUCAGCUCACGUACGAGGGACUCAUUGAUGAUGUAUUUGGAAUUCAUAAUACAAGCGUUAAAUUACCACCCGAAAAAUUUGCAUCCAAAAGUGGAGGAUCGGCAGAAAAUAUAGUUGAACUCAAAAAAGUGAUAUUAAACUCGGCUGAGGAGUUGUAUGCUGAAAUACGGGAUAAGAAUUUCAAUGCUGUUGGGCCUGUUCUUAGCAAGAAAGCUAAGCUGAUCUCCGCUCAGUAUGAGGAGAGACACAGUGCCAAGACAGUUGGAGAAAUGAAGCAGUUUGUCUCCAAGCUUCCCCACAUGCAGGCGGCGAAGGCCUCAUUGGCAACUCACACAUCAGUAGCUGAAUUGAUCAAGGAAGUCACAGAUACUGAUGAGUUCUUACAGUGUCUUAGAACACAGCAGGAAUUUAUCAAUGGAAUAGAAACAGACAAGCCUAACCCUUACGUAGAGGAUUCAAUAGCAAGGAGGGAACAACUUACCGUUGUGCUACGCUUGAUAUGCAUCCAGUCAAUCUGCAAUAAUGGCCUGAAGCAGAAGGUCCUAGAGUACUACAAGAGAGAAAUCAUACAGACGUACGGCUACCAACAUUUGAUCACGCUCGCCAACCUGGAGAAGGUUGGGCUGCUGCGACCACAGGGACAGAAGACAUUCCAUACAGUCAGGAAGACACUGCGACUCAUCGUAGAAGAAGUACAGGAACAGACCCCUAAUGAUAUAGCAUAUGUAUUCAGCGGGUAUGCCCCUAUCAGUGUGAGACUGGCACAGCUUCUUGCCAGGCCCGGCUGGAGGAGCAUCACCGAGCUACUAAACUUCUUACCUGGACAGAGGUUUGAUGAAGUACAACAGAUACCGGUUGGGCUCAGGAGGAGACGAGGCUCUGGUAGUUCAACACAUUCCAGCCAAGCUGAGCAGAAAGUGACACUGGUAUUCUUUAUUGGAGGAGUUACAUAUGCAGAGAUUGCUGCACUGAGAUACCUUGCUUCGACAGAUGAUGCUCCCACAGACUACAUCAUUGCCACGACCAAAAUCAUCAACAGUACAAACUGGAUGAAGUCAAUCAUGGAUGAACUGGAGCCACCGAAAGCUGCUAACAAUCCUUUUUACUAGUAACCUUGAAAAGAAUAACUUCAUUAUAAUUGUAUAGUAAAAAUUGGACUCUCCAAAACUGGAUAUAUACUUGGACAGAACGCUCUGUUCGAAAGAAUUCUCCACCUGUCCAUCUGAUCCCACAUCAGGGUGUGUGCGUUACACUUCAUCAAUUAGUGUGGAUUCAUAUGAAAUACUGAAGGACAUCAUCUAUGUCGGUCUCUACUGUUUUGUUGAGUUUAAACAUGGAAAUACAAACAGCCAGGGGGCGAUUUCAAGCCCACUCCAAACUCAGAUGUUACUGGCUAUGUAAAAUUCAAGGUGGUCUCUGGACUAAUGUGGUGGAUAUAGUUAACAAAACUGUUGUUAGCUUGCAUAAAAACCAGUACAUGUACAUAUUUGUUCCUUAUAUUGGUAUACUAUUCAUAAAACUCAAGAACAAACUUUCAUGUCAAAGACAACAGAAAUGUUCAUUAAUGUAUAUCUAUAUGGUGCUCAACUUAUGUGAAUAAACAUAUGU